AUGCCACCCGUAGAUCAGGCGCCCGUCGCCGAGCGUCACUGGUUCCUCCGCGUCCUCCCAACCCUGCAGUGGUUGGUGCUGGGCAUCCUCGUGUUGGUCACCGCUAUCUUCUACGAGGAUGUGAACGCAAUGAGGCUCGCGGCGAGGGCGGCGGUGCUGGGCCCGAAGACGACGAAGGACGGGGGAGUGGUGCAUGAGACGGGGGCGAGUCAAGCGCCCUCGAACAAGUUGGAGCUGGGGAGGAAGGGUGGGCCCAGGGCUCCGCUGCUGACGGCGCCCCCCGCGCCCGAUUCGGCCGCGCCGGUGCCCAUGGCCGGGAGGGCGCCGAAGGUGAGCGUCGUCACACUGGACAAUACCCGGGAGUCGAAGGAUGGAGACGAGGCGAAGGACGCGAACCCCCGACCCGUCCUUCCCCCGCCGAUCGCGACCCCGAUCCCCCAGGGAUCUCCACCGCCCGAACUUAAGCCCGCGGCGGUCCCGUCGCCAAAAACCGAACCGGCGAACGGGGACUGGUUGAACAACGAGGAGCAGUACGUGGAUGAGCUGGGCGAAGACGAGCCCGCCGCUGAGACUGAAGGGGCGCCGGUGGAGACGAACGAUGAAACCGCGUCAACGGAGACCCCGGUGCAUGAAGGUCAGGAGGUCGAGGCCGGUGGGAAGACGGCGAAGGCGGAUGGCCAUGACUAUACGCCGCGAUCGGGUACCGCACCCGGCUCCGGGUCGAGCUUGCGUCCCGGCGGCCCCGUUCCCCUCCCGGACGUGCCCGCGUCCAUAGGCGGAGAGUGGAGGAGCAUCGGCAAGACGCAGCCGCUGACGGGCGAGGACCUGUCCGCCCCGGGGGCGCUCGAAGCCGCGGCCGAGAAGAGGUCCUUCCGUAAGGAGAUUAUCGUCAUGGUCGCGAACGAGGGCGGCGCCAUCCUCGCCGCAAACGCCGUGGCCAACCUUCGCAGCGUCGGCAUCGAGCACUAUCUCAUAGUCACGAACGAACCCAAGAGCUGCGAGCUGCUGAUGAACGGCCCGUGGGGCAUAACUUGCGGGUACACCAGCUACCUCAAGAAUCACGAGAGGCUCAAGGACUACCAGCUGCUCAACGAGGAGGGAGCCACUCCGUUCAGGCUCUGGUGGGUCCGGUUCCACUUCCUCGACAGGCUCGUUCAGUUGGGGUACAACCCGAUGUACAUCGACACCGACGUGUCGUUCAGGGUUAACCCGUAUCCGCUGCUCAAGGGACCGUUUAAGGAGUAUUCCCUGUUUGCCCAGGACGAGUCGGGACACUUCAACGGCGUGAACAUCGGCUGGAUAUACGCCCAGAACGCGCGGCCGAACGGCAGGGUGCGGUGGGUGCUCAACCAGACGGUGACUCGCAUGAUGGAGAUACUGGAGCAUCAACCGACGCCUCUGACGCGUUGGGACGGUCAGCCGGUGGUUGGCGCGAAAGAGGCGCUGUGGGACCAGCACAUAUACAACGACGUGCUGGAGUCGUGCGUGUACGGCGAGGACAUGCGCCGGCGGUCCAUGCAGCGACUGAUCGAGCCCAGGGAUGACCUCCGACGCGCGUGGGAGGUGGAGCAGGGGUACCCGAUGGACGGCGCCGCGUUCGACGAAGGUCGGGUCGUUGUGAACGCGCAGGACGUGCCGUUGACUGCCCGGGGUGACCCGAUGGACCUGCGCGCCGGUUCGCACGCGGUCAAGUUCAAGCCCCUGACGUGCUACGACCACUUCACCCCGGAUGAGGCUUCCGAGGCCCCGGAGAAGAUCGCCGCCGCGCCCCCGUGGCUCGUCGCCGGGUGGAGCGGGGUACACGGCGACGAGAAGUUCCAGGGCGUCUCGGGUAACUGGAACCUCUACCCCCCGCGCGUCGCGGUGGCGCACCUCGUGGGCGGUUUAGCGAAGCAGACUACGUUCAAGUCGCUGGGGUGGUGGCAGUACGGGAGCGACGCCUUCCGCAAGCGUUCGCUGCAUCGACUGCAGACGGAGCUGGACCGCGGCGGCGCCCUCGCGGUCGCGGGGUUAAGAGCCGGCGUUGACGUAGACGACGCCAUGGAGGCUACGUCUUUGUACGGCGCCGCGGUGGCAAACGUCGUUCGCCUGGCGCUCGCCGCGGGUCGAAGGCCGGUGAUCCCGGCGCUGGACUGCUCCGCCCGGUGGAUAACGCGCGGUGGACCGGGCACGUUUUUGGGGGUGAGGGACAGGUUGCACGUGGUGGUCAGCGGCCGGUGCGACGCGGACAGCGCCGCGGGCGGCGGUGGACCCCACCCCGCGCCCGGCGGCGUCGUCUUCGAGGAACCCGGAUUCGGCGCGUGUUGCCAGAGCGUCCAGUUCGACUGCAACGAGGGCGUCAUCCCGCAGGUGGACCUCGACAGGGACCCGAGGUUCGAGGCGUUGCAAGACGACGUGGCGUACGUCAAGGUGGACGAGCUACUCGGGAGCGGGGUGGACGAGGACGGCCGUCCCGCGGUUGACGGAGCGGGGUUGGAGGAGAAACUCAAAGGUCCGAGCUUGGUCGUGGUGGAGCUCGGGGACAGCGCGAGGGGGUACGGUGACGGGCAGCACGUCCCUGGCUUGCGCGCGCCCGACGCUAAACAGGCUGAGCGCGUGUUGGAGUUCUUCAGGACGUGCCAGAACAUGAAUUGCGUCACGCCUCGGACGGUGUGGCCCAACGAGAACAGCUUCUGCGACGACCCCAACAGGAAGGAGGGGUAA